UUCGACUCACUCAGCCUGCCGGAUCACUGGAUGAAGUCGCUGUGUAAAGCGGAAGCUUAUAUCAGGUUCCAAUUUCAUACCGAAGCACUGCAGAUCUACGAAAAUGCUGAAGUUCCUGAAAUCAAUAACACGCCUUAUGUAAUGAGUCAGACAGCCCUGAUUCACCACAACCUGCAAGGUAAAUCUACAUUGUUGCAUAAUCGAUGAGU